CCAAUCCAUAUGCAUCUUUAGAAUUUGAAUUUAAUGACGUAAACGGAAAACCAGUAUGUAGUACGAUACAAAUCAAACAGUUCAGAAUCAUAAUAGUAAACUUUGUGUUUUUAUUAAUGCUCUAUUGAAAAAAAACAAGCGUUGUUUAUGACGUUCAAUACAAUGUACACUACGUACUUGUGAUUUAUACUGAAACUGUAAGUUUAAUGUUAAAGUUGAAGUGAUUUUGAUAAAUACAAGUUUGACAAUGCUUUUGAAACAACAAAGACUACAUAGCUCUCGAGAGAUUUUAAUAGUUUUUUUAGAAACGAAAACUACUGGAUAUUUUACGUUUAUAUUUUAAUGAAGUUUAGCGUUCUUGUGUGAUCUUUCAUCAUAUAUGUUCGAGUUAUAUUUUUGCUCCGUUAGUUAGCGUACAUUGUUUAUAUUUUUAUCAAGAAUGUCGAAUCUUUCGACAAAUGGUAACGCUAUGUUAAAUAGCAUGGAUCAGAACUAUACGAACACACGUCCAAAAUUUCAACCGAUACGCGUGAAAGAGUUGUUACAUUUUUGUGAAAGUGACGACGACGAAAGCGAAGACAAACUAGACGAUUCUGUUAACGAAUCAGAUUCCGAUGAUAUUCAACCUUUACCUGUGGAUAAUAGCAUUGAAGAUAAUUUCAAUAAGUCGUUACCUUUAUUUAAUACAAAGUACGAUAGCGACUUCAGACCAACUUGCAAAGUUCCACAGAUUACCGUUCCUUCGAAACUUGAAGAACCACUUUCAGUCAAUAAAAUUGUGGAAUGUAGAACAAAUACUGUAACUACUGAUGUGCAUGUUUCUGUAUCCAGCAGUUAUAACAAUGAAGAAUUAGGUGAUAAUAAAAUAAAAGAUUUCACACCAGAUAAUCAUAGCGAAGGGUCGCUUGACAAUCUUAAAGUUGAAAUUGACAUUAGUAUACCAAAACAGUGUUUGAAACAUAACGAGCAUGAACAUGACUCGAGAAAUGAAGGAAACAUAAAGUCUGAUCAUGCAAAUCAUGUGCAAUUAAAUUAUGAAAAUAUUUGUACGCAAGAGAAAAGUUCUCAACAUGAGUAUAAAAACAAGCAUAUUGUUAGUGAAGACAUUAAAGGACAAUCAAACGAAGGGCAGGCAUGUAAAAGUGAUUUUCAAUCCCCAGAUGAACAUGAUUCUUGUAAAGUAAAUAGUAACGAACUUGGAUCUCUUGUGUUUGCAUCUCAACAUUUCAAAAAUGUAUCGCAAUUCGCUAGUUGUAAUCCACAGAGUGCAAACACAAAAGUAGAUACAUUAGAACCAAAGUCAGUUGUAAACCAAGAAAAAGUAAAUCAUGAAAAUAAUGCUUCUAACAAUUUGUCGACGUUAAACGUUGAACCAUCGUCUGUUGAUCGCUUGAUGUUACAAACUCCUUUAAAACACGCACCACCUGGUUCUUCGCGUCCAGAACCUUGUUUCUCUCGUAGAAACAUCGCUCAAACGCCGCAGAACAAAAUAUCCGAAAUAUCGAAGAAUCAUAGAUUAACUCCAGCUACAAUAUCAUCCCAUUGGUCUCAAAAUAAUAUAAGACAAACACCGCUGCAAAAUAAUAAUUUCAAUUUUAAGGAUGCUGCACAAACUCCAAAAAAUUGUGUCUAUCUUACACCUAGCAUAACAAAACACGAAACUCCAAGGUAUUUGAAUACAGAGAGCAAAACGAGACAACCUUUAGCGGAUACGGGAAGUUCAGCGUACAAUAAUGAUUCGUCUAGGCAUUUAUUACAAGGUUCUCAACUUUUCAAAGUAAACGAAGAAGUACCUAACAAUCAAAAUAAGUUAUCUAAUAGAAAUUCAAGUACCAAUACACGUAUAUGCAAGCAAAUAUUUGAAGCACCGGAAAGCGUUGUACAAUUGAGAUCAGACGCUAACGAACGACCGAAAGAAACUAAUUAUCUAAAUAGAGAGGAUGUAUUGGUGGAUAAAGGGACUGCAACGCAUAAUAAAGUACCAAAUAAUGAACAUGUUAUCCACUCUAAUAAAAACAACAGAGAAACUUUAGAAGCUGUAUGUAAUGUUUCUCAAAAUCAAUAUGGGAUGGAUAGUAACCAAAACCAACCGGAAAAGUCAAAUAGAGUUGUAGAUAAUGCGUCAAAUGUACAAUUUUCAAUGCCAACUAACAUUCCCAAAUCAAAGCAGACUAAGACCCUUUUCGUAAAAGGAAAGGAGUAUUUAAUUUUGGGGGUACUUGGCCAAGGUAUGAGCGGAGAAGUUUUAAGAGUGCAAGACUUAUUGUCUCAAGAAUUAUGUGCCAUUAAGUGUGUCAAUCUUAACCGUAUGGAUAAGGACUCGGCGCAAGGUUGCUUAGAAGAAAUUUCAAUGCUACAUAAAUUACAAGCGCCGUGUGUCGUUAAGAUGUUCGAUUACGAAAUUAAGUAUCCUAUGGUCUUUGUGGUGAUGGAAAUGGGAGAUACUGAUCUCAGUCGUCUUCUAAAAACUAUGUUGCACGAGAAGCAAAUUUCCCUCACGAUGAUUCUUUACUAUUGGACAGAAAUGUUGACAGCUGUGAAACACAUACACGAUAACGGAGUGAUUCAUUCAGAUUUGAAACCCGCAAAUUUUUUAUUAGUACGAGGAAGAUUAAAGCUUAUAGAUUUUGGAAUCGCUUCUAGUAUGAAUGCAGACAUGACAUCUGUUGUAAAAAACUGUCCGAUUGGAACGUUAAAUUAUAUUAGCCCAGAAGCACUGAUGGAUACUGGUGGAAACUCGGAUUCUCCUACACAUAAUGUCAAAUAUAAGAUUACUUUUAAGUCGGAUGUUUGGUCGUUAGGAUGUAUUUUGUACAGUUUAGUGUACGGUCAUACACCGUUUCAUCACAUACGAUCACAAUGGGCCAAAGUGAGUGCGAUAACUAAUCCAAAACCAAACAUUCAUUUCCCCGCAACUUUACCGCCAAGAGAAGGUGAUAACAAAGUUGUACCAUCGCCACCAAUCUUAAUCGAUGUGAUGCGUAAGUGCCUUCAGCAUGACCCAAAGGCACGACCAACGGUGGCCGAGCUUUUGCAAGUGGACUACGUACCUACCAAGCAAGAACGCAUGUUAACGUCAACUCCUAAUAUUCCAGCCAGUAUUUUAGUGAAAAUAAAACAUGCAUUGGACGAGACUGAAUGGCGACAAUUACUACGGGCGUUGGAAAGUACACAAUAUACAUAAUGCUGUCUGGAUUAAGGACUUCUAUUUAUGUACAUAAAUUCCUUUAUACAUAACAAUCGAUAAUAAUACCGUAGGGUACUUAUUUAAAUGUAUUAUAAUGAAAUGUGGGAUUAUU